AAUUCAUAUUCCUUGACUUCCGACAGAAAAAGGAAGCAGUGUCUGAAAGUUGAGACUACCUGAGUUAAGAAAUGCACAGUGAUAUUCAAGGUUUGAUUAAGAAGUUCACCAACAAAGCUAACGAUGGUGUAAGAGCUGCCUGUCAGAGAUGUGGAUAUGCUGGCCACCUGACGUACCAGUGCCGUAAUUUCAUCAAAGCUGACCCUAACAAAGACGUGAUGCUUGAUGUCAGCAGUACAAGCUCAGACUCGAGUGACGAGAACUUCGUGUCACCACUGGUUCAACUUCGACAAGAUGAAUCUAAAAAAACAAGUAACGUUGUGAAGAAAAAGAAGAAACACAAAGAUAAAUAUAUCAGCAAGAAGAAAACAAAAAACAGAGAGAGAUCUCGUUCGCCAGUAAGGUCGAGAAAGAAAUCGGACAAGAGAUGGACAGAGAAGACGACAAAACACGGCCAGGACAGCGACAACUUCAAUACAGAGGAUUCGGACAGCGACUCGGACAGUUCACAUAAACAUUCACACAGGAAACACAAGAAACAUCACAAACACAAACACAGGAAGAAGAAGAAUCGACAUCAUGAAAGCUCAGACGAGAGUGAAUAAACUUUACAACUGUCUGUCACACAUUUUCAUUUUGUUAAGAUAUUUAUCCUACCAGUUAUAGAUUUGUUAGCAAGAAAGAAAAUUAUUUGCAUAUCGUUACUGAAAAGGAUUUAAGAAAUGAUGUAUCAUUUGUCAUUAUUCUUCAGAGGCCUUCUGUGGACAGGCAAUGAAAUGUUUAGUUCUAGCAUCCGAGACGGAUCAUUCGGAUCAUUCUGACAUCUUCACUUUGCUUUGUAUGCAAGAAAUAUAAGAAACCUCACUGUAUUUUCACAUCAUGUCCAUUUUUCAUCAGUUCAUGCAUGGCUGGUCAUGGAUUGAUCCCUAUCAGUGGACCCAUUGAGCUAUUUCUCAUUCCAGCCAGUGCUCCACAACUGGUGUAACGGCCGUGGGAUGCUGUAUAUAAAAGAUUUCUUUCUGCUGUUCGGAAAGAGUAGCCCAUUGCAUGGUGAUAGCGGGUUUCUCCUCUCAUUAUGUAUGGUCCUUAACAAUAUGUCCGACACGUCACCUUAUUAAUAACCAUAAUUAAAAUAUGAUGAGUGUGUCAUUAAAUAAAACAUUCCUUAUUCACACACAAUUGCAUUCACAAUCUUCAAACACAAAUAUUGCAUUGACAGUUUAUAUUGAAUGAGUUUUAGUGUUAUAGGAAUCACCAGUUUAUUCUCAUUACACGAAUAUGUAAAGUGAUACCAUGGAUGUGUUGAAAAGUCUUUGAUCUGAAUGAUUUAAAGAGGAGAGUCGAAGUUCAUAAAAUGCCAGUACCGGAAAAACUAAGAUUUGUGAACUAUAGAAUGGGCGGUUUUAGUUUUUGAUUCAUAUCCUGCACCCCAUAAAGAAUACUAUUGUGUCAAUUCAGCAUUGAGAACAUCAUUUAUAUGUUUUUAUUUUUCAUACAAAUGAAAAGUUUGAGUUAAAAAUAAAUAACACACUAUUUUGGAUGUCAUAUUUACAUAACUGUUUUCUACUGCCAUUGUUACAUGUUACAGACUGAUAGAGCCUAUUUGAUGACUAAAAGAAGAAAAUUUAUUUAAUAUAUAAUAUUAGUAGUUAAAACCUUUAAUAUUCUUACACCGGCAGCAACAAACUCGGAACGGUCUCGUAAACAAAUGGACAAUAUCCUGUUAGGGACUGCCUUUUUUCCUAUCUGAACAUUGAUGUAUAUACUGCACUGUAAGCUUUAAAAAUGUUAUCUGUUAUUGGCAAUCUUUACAUAAGUUGUUACAAUUUGUGUUAAUUUAAAAUUUACAAACACUAUUAAUUUACAAGAAUUGUUCCUGAAUAGAAAGGUAAUAAUUAAGACUUCUAAGAGUGUUUAAUAUUAGUUCAUAAAUGUGGUUCUAACUCUUGGGAUUUGUAGUGUUUAUUAGUGUAAAAAUUUUGUGCAAUAAAUUUUAAAUCCUA